AUGGCGGAGCAGGGAGGGGACAUGACGCCGGUGGCCGCCAAGACUCCGGACGAGGAGUCGCCGCCGUCGGCGUCCUCGGAGGCCUCGGGGAACGCCGUGGCCCUGCGGCACGCGCACGCCGCGGACGUGCUGCAGGGCGCGCGCCGCUGCGGCCGCCGGUUCAUGCGCGUGUUCAGUGACAACCUGCACAACUGCUACGUGGACCUGCUCGACUCGAAGCAUAUGAUGGAGUUCAGGGCGCGCGCCCUCAAGCGCCGCAUCUGCCGCGGCACCAGGAAGGAGCCCACCAACGAGUUGUACCGCAGCAACAGCUUCAAGUUCGAGCGCUUCGAGCGCAAGGACGACGACAAACAGGUGGCUCUGUGUGACGACUACAGCCUGCCGGUGGACUUCGUGAACAAGGCGCGGACGCUGCGCCACUGGAGGCCGCUCAGCGCGUGCGAGGCCUCCAUCGAGCUGCUCGACACCUACUGCGACCCCCGCGACUCCAAGGCCUACCUGGUGCCGGGCGAGGAGGGCGUCGGCAAGGUGUACACCAGCCCGGACCGCGAGUACACGCACCCCUACGCAGAUGGCACGCGGGCUGGCGCUCGCUUCUGCAAGGCCGCCAAGGCCGCCAAGGUCGCGGCCCGCGCCGCAGCGGCGGCAGCAGCUGCAGAGGCCGCCGCCGCAGUAGCGGCCGCCAGCAGCGCCACCGCCACCGGCACAGUCAACCCUGGCGCCACUGCCACCACCGACGAGGAGGCGGACGCCGAGGAAGAGGACGACGACGACGAGGAGGAGGAGGAGCGGACGCCGAGGCCAAGCGCCCCGCCCGCCGAGGAUGACGGCGCGUACGAGGACGUCAUCGUGCAGGAGCUGCAAGAGCAGUACCUCCUGGAGCUGCAGCGACAGCAGCGACAGCAAGCCCGUGCCGGCGCCGCGGAGCUGCCGAGCCCCGGGAAGGUGGAGGGCCCUGCAGUAGAGCUGCCCGCGCCCCGCUGCCCUUACUACUACGCGGACCUGCUGCUGCCGCGACCGCCGCCGCGGGAACACCGCAAGCGAAGCACCGACACGAGGCGCUACCGGAAGAGCGCGUCGGUGGACAGCGCGCCGCCGCUGCCGACGUCGGAGGCGCGCCCCUGCCCCCACUGCGAGUCCGGCGAGGACGCCGAAAGGGGCGGAGGGGCGCCAGGGCCAGGGCCAGGGCCAGGGCCAGGGCCCCACGGGGUGCACGGUGGGCGCUGCCUGCCCGCGCGGGGCUGGUCCCUGAUCGAGGAUGCGAGUGGCAUGUCGCCGGUCAGUGGCGCCCUGGGCGGCGCCCCGCCCCAAAGCCACAGCGCCGACGGCGGCCUCGGCGACGACAUGAGCCGGCGACUGCACCUGUACGAGACGGCGUUCGACUCCCGUGGCGCGGCGCCGCUCGACCGCCGCGGCGAGGACGUCGGCAACCACGCCAUCCAGACUGUGAGCCCGGCCAAGGGCAGCCCCAAGGGCAUCGCCCCGGGGCAGGACAGCCCAGCAGGCAGCGCUGGCGGCGCUGGCGGCGCGGUGGCUCUCAGCGCGUCGCUGGGCGGCCUGCAGCUGGACGGGGGCUCUGGCGGCAGUUCCUUGAGGGGCUACUCACCCCCGCCGCCCACCUCGGCACCGUCUUCCGCGCCUCUGCCCACCAAGUUCCCCGGCCACGGCCACGGCUCGCAGAUCGGGGUCGGUAGAUCCCUAAUGUCGAUCCGGUCCGCACCCUCCGCGCCGCACCUGGCCGCCAUGGCCUCGGCCAGGCCGCAGCACGUCAGGGAGAUCAAAGGGAGGCCGGUGAGCCUCGCCAUGGCCACGUCCACGGCCUCCUCGUCGGCCUCGUCCGUGGACCCCGCCGCGGGGGCGGCAGCGUCCUCGCGGCAGGACUUCCCCUUGGCGGCCAGGCCUUCCCGCGCCAGGACCAUCCUCGAGUUGAAAGGCCGGCCGUCGGCGUUGACGGGCCGCGCGGACAGACCCCUGUCGCUCGUCGCACCGCGCCGCCCCAAGUUCUCCUCCACCGAGUCCAUGGCCACGUCGUCGUCGGGCGGCUCCUUGGAGUCGGUGCGGAGCUCCACCAGUGAAGGCGAGCGGUCCUCCUCCUCGGACGGCCGGCCCGGGUCCUCGUCGCUGUCCUCGCACUCGGAGGACUCCGCAGGGCCGCUUAUGCUUCACGGGCCGUCCCCGGGGCCCACCAGCAGGAUGUACGGCCACAACAGCACCAAGCUGCACAUCCUGUCCCCCAUCUCGGACAAGUCAUCGCUCGAGCCGUGCUCCGAGACCUCCGACAACAACCGCAACAACAACUCGGAGCGCACCUCGCCGGAGCCCGGGGGUGACUGCACGCCCACUGGAUCGACGACGGGGACGACGGGGACGGCCCUCGGCGGCACCUCGGGGGGCUCCGCGGCGGGCACCCCGACCGGGAAGGCGCCCUCCAGCAUCGGCCUCAGCCUCAACCUGGACCAGCACUCGGCGGGCAAGAACAGCCGCUCCAGGAGGACGCCCAACAACCGGAACCUCAUCGCCUUGUCCUUCCACGGCGUGCACGGCGUGCACGGCGUGCACGGCGUGCUCAACGCCAACAACAUGCACGCCGACGGCGAGGUCCCGGGGUCGGACUCCGGCAUCUCAGUGGACGGCAGCAACCUGCGGUGGGCCAACAACUACCACCAGGACCUGGAGCACCUGCCCUUCGACAUGCCCAAGCUGCGCCGUCGGCGGGCCAACCUGAUCCUGGACGCGACCACGUCGGGCAGCGCUACGUCCGUGGAGGCGGGCAGCGCGGGCAGCGCGGGCAGUGCGGGCAGCUGCGGCGCGGGCCACGAGGACCUGCCCUUCGACAUGCCCAAGCUGCGCCGCAAGCCGCGGACCUUCGCCGCCAACUCGCUCGCUGCCAACUCGUCCGAGUCCUCGUCCGCCAGCCAGUCCUCGGAGCCGCAGGACCCCGACGUGGAGCAAAUGCUGCGGGACUUGCCCUUCGACAUGCCCAAGCUCAGGAAGAAGCAGAUGAGCCGGUCGUCCGAGUCGUCCUCCGCCAGCCAGUCAGACCCUUCCGUCUCCAAGGGUCCGGGUGCGGGCGGCAGGCCGGCGCUGUCCCUCAACUUGGCUGCGGGCUUCGGCCAGUUCGGCGGCUGCAGCAGCCUGGGCACAGGGCCGGUCUCGGGGCCGGUCGGCCCGGCGGAGAGCUUCGGCAGCGGGGCGGCGAGUGCCUUCGCGCCGAUGAACGUGACGCGCAGUUGCGGCACGGGGAGCCUGCGGGGAAGGCCGGGCCUGCCGGGGCUCAGCCUCAGCUUCGGCGCCAACUCCACCAACGCCCCCUCCGCCCACAUCGACACCACCCUCCCCUUGGAGCGACAGGGGUGGUACCUCGGCGCCAUUUCCCGUCUGGAGGCGGAGAGGCUUCUUCGACAAGCGGGAGAGGGCAGCUACUUGGUGCGGAACUCCGAGUCGACGCGUCAAGACUUCUCCUUAUCGCUCAAGAGUGCGCGCGGCUUCAUGCACAUGCGGAUCCAGAAGGACGAGAACGGCCGCUUCAUCCUGGGCCAGUUCUCGCGGCCCUUCGAGUCGGUGCCCGAGAUGAUCAGGCACUUCUCGGUGAACCGGCUACCCAUCCGCGGCGCCGAGCACAUGUGCCUGCUGCACCCGGUGAUCCAGCCCCUGCUGUAGAAGAAGGCGGCGAUGGCCUUUGUGAUUUGGUGCAUUUGUAGUUAGGAACCUGUACAAAGAGAUGAGAAGGAAUUGCCCUGAGGUUGACGCCCCCCUGCUGCGCGGCGCGGCGCGGCGCUGCUGCGAGGCGCGGUCGGUUGGGUUGCCUAUCGGCACGGACAGGCUGCUUGGCCUCGGCUGGCUCGCUCGAGCCACUCGUCCGCGCCGAUAGGCACGCCAGCCGACUGCAAAGCGCGACAAAGCCGCAACGCACGAUUGCCGGCAAGACCGCUGGCCUGCUGCCCGAGUUGUCAAGAAAUGAACUAUUUUCGUUUACUUCGUCGAGAAUCUUUCAUUUUCUCACGGCGGAGGAGAGGGCAAAAGUGAUACUGUUAUUCAUUUUAGUUAUGUGUACACUGUAAAUAAUGUUAUAGAGAAGGUAGAAUUUAUCAAAAAUGCAACAUUAGAAAACGAUUGAGUUUUCAAUAGAUUUCUGUCUGUAUGCUACACACUUCUUUUUGUGUAGUUAUGUGUGGGUAAUUAAUUAAAGCCGGAUGUAACAUUCUAGGGGAACAUGGAGAUUAAAAAAAAUGGUGGUAGUAUAACAAAUGUAUUAAAUUUGUAAUUAUGCAGAUCAUAAAAAUUACCAAUUAGACUGUAGGUAAAACUGACAGUGUUUUGAUCAAGAUAAUGUAUUACUGUGGUAGGUUGUGAAGCUGUGAUGUGAUUGAUAAUUUGUAGUUGAAACCCAGUCUUAGCAUUUAUGUGUUACUUGAAAACGUGUGUAUACAAAUUAUUAUUAUAUUCUUCAAGUAUACUCUAAGUUGUCUAAAGUAGAUCCUUGUGUGUUUAGUUACAAAAGCAGGGGCUGUAUAUCUAUGAGCAUUUCCAUGUCUGUGUAUCUGUGGGACUAUCAUGUGUGUCCUGUCCCUGAGGCCUGGCGGACGGCGGUCUCGCCAAGGGAAGGCCCAGCGUUACAGCCACCGUGUGGAAGGUUGGGCCCCUUUUCAUCAGCCCUUAUGGUAACUAAGUAGGUUGUGAUGUGCAUUGUUCUGAAAAUCUUUUAUUAUCUACCUAUCUUGUUCAUUCGUGAAGUUGCAUUGCGUCCAUCUUGUCCGGUUUAUCUCUUGUUAUUUUAUGUCACUGCAUUCUUUACCAUUGGUAGAGUCAUCAGUCUUCCUGUGACUGUUUCUAGUCCACUUUUCUAGUCAGAAUAUUGAUUGCCUUGUGUAAAUCAUAUCAAGGAUACCUGGACUCAUUGUAUUGGAUACAAACCUUUUGCAGUUAGGAGAAAUGGUAAAGAUAAUUUUUUUGAGUGGGCCUGAUUUUGAAACUAACUUACUUGGCCCUGCUAAUUCUCUUGUCCAGACAUUCAUUCAACUUCUCCUUACUGCUCUAGAGUUGUUUUCUAAAUAAACAAGAGUCUUAUUGAUACUUGUGUCAUGUAGAGAUUAUAUGAAAUGACUGAAACCAGCUUCUUUCUGUAACUAUCAUGUAAACAUUGUUAUCUUGAAUGUAUUGACUGCUUUCAUGCU